AUGGAGUUCAUCCCCGCAUCGCUUAUUAGUGAUUUAAACCGUAUAAGCCAGCCAACAAAACGACAGCCUCAACAACCCCGCGAACCUUCCCCGUCACAACUUUCUUCAUUAACCAAUAGAAGAGGGUCAGUCAAGUCAAAAAGGGUUUCUAAAGUAAAUGCAGAAUCAUUUCAAACAGCAUUGUCUAAUGCGGCCUUGGAUGAAUCGACUACACAAAUGGAUGAUGUCCAAACGCGAAAUCCCGCUCUUCAGCUGCCAGCAGUGACCCAUCACUCCGCCACUGUAUCCAAGAAAACCCCGUUUGCUUCCGAAAAACCUACGACUGGCCAUAAUGUGACGACACAUACCAAGUCUGAUGUAGCUACUGUGUACGACACGGCCAAUAAAAAAAAGUUGCGACAUGCAUUGAAAGGACCAGCAGUCAUGAAAGAUCUAACAUUUGUUUAUGCCAAACCCCAACCCAUUGACGAACCCAUCAUCGUCACAAAAGAAAAAGUUGCGCAAAGCCCCACUAUUGACGCAUCCGAAUUGCAAAUUGUAGCUGCUGUUUCACCUGGAAAAAAUGCAAGUUUUUCAUACUAUGGUUUGAUUGUCAAAUUCCAAUAG